CCAGUGAUACGUGCUGCAACAUAGGGAGUGUGUGACAGCCAUUCUUAAGAAAAAAGAAUUAUAAAAAUAAUAUAUAUUUUUCGGUCGAUAUUGUCAGUUAGGAACAUUAAAAAAUAAAACAGUGUGCGUGUGUGUGAAUUACUGGAGAUAAUUGACCAGUGAUUCUGAUAAUAUUCUUUGUGAAAAUCUCGAGGCAAUUUUUCACCAAUUUUUUUUCUCCUAUCGCUAAAGGCGUGAAAAUCGUUGAGACCAGGAGUAGAGUAAUUCAAACCGAAAAUUUAGCGAGAAAUAAAAGCAAAAGAUUCAAUUAUCUAGAGUCUCGAGAGCGAAAAAACUAAGCAAUUAUGACGGACAAGAAAGCAUAUCCCGUGGCACCGCAUCCACCGACUGGAUUCGUACCAGCGCAAGCGCAGCCGACAGCUUAUGGAGUUGCAGGAGCUGGUCCAUACGGGGUGUUCCCAAAUCAGCCACAGCUUUAUGCUACGCAAGGGCCACCCCCACCAACAUAUGAUCAAACGCUGACCCAUCCAAUGAUGUACCAGCCAAUGUAUGGACAGGGAUACCCAGGAGGCUAUCUGACCGGCUAUCCAACAGCUUAUGGACCACUCCAGUACUAUCCGCAACUGGCAGCAGCAGCUUAUUAUCCGACCGCUGCUAUGCAGCCUGCACCAGUCAGACCUACUAUGCUGGUACCUAACGGCUUUGAUGGUGGACGAUUCGACGGACUUUCGCAACAAGUUUUACCACCACCACCACCCCCAGGUGUCGCAAAUGCUGCACAAUUGGCUGCUAUGGCUGGCCACAGCGUUGCCUUAUCACAAAAAAAGGGAUCAUUCCUCGGUGGCGCUGCAGAGGGGGGCUAUACUUUCUGGUAAAGAAAAAUGCAAUUGGAAAAAAUCUCGGGGUUGAUUGGGUUACUCCGGAGGAAGAAAAAAUCCCAGUUUGAAGCGAUAAAUUGAGUAUGAAAUGUAGACUAAAACAAUUACCCGUGACGCUGUAUCCUCGAUGGUCCUUCGAUUCGAAUUUCGAUCCAACAAUUUUUUUUAGGUGAAGUCUGUCAAAAUUUUUGCUGGCCAAUGAGCGAAGUAAUAAUUGAACGUAUUUUCGAAAUUUUUUCAAAUUUGCUCACACGGGAGACUUUCUCAACGAAGGGAAUGCUAUACAUCGAAUAAGAAAAAUAUCAACUUUGUGAAAUUAAAGUGAACUUAUUAGUCAAUUGUGGUUGACUGGGGAAUUUUUCAUCGAUUUGUAAUGAAUCAGCUGUUCAGUAUUAUUACAGUCAAAUUGACAAUCGAUGAGUGCAUCAGAGCCCGGAAAUUGUUGGGUCUUUCGAAAUUCAAGGAUCAGUAUUUCUUAUUGAAGCAAAAAAAAAAACAAAAUUGACGAAAUGACGACGCGAUAAUUGAGUGAAAUAAAUUAAAACAGUUCGGAUGAUAGAAAAAGGAGGGCUGUUCGCAAUAUUUUUUUGACGAUUUGCCCCGCAAUCCUGGGACCGAAUGGUAUGCGUGAGUGAGAGGAGAAUAAAGAGCGCGAGAGUGUGAUAAUUAAAUCAUUGAUGAAAUUGUGCAUGACAUUGAAUUAAAAAUCACCAACACGAGAGAGGGUUGAGCGGGAAAAUUGUGCGCGGGAAAAAGUUGAUGGAAAAACCUGGCGAAUUCGUUGAAAAAAUUUCACAGAAAAAAUUACAAUAUUUGCGACGAGGAAAAUUUAUAGAAAAUAUUUUAAUGGAAGAAAUUACAUUGAAAGAUUAGAUUAAUUAAAUCUUCCGACACAAAUAGAAAUACAAUAGGUUUUCCUGACGAAUCUGCUAGGUUUGUUCCUUAAAUUUUUUCACUCGACUGAGGAAAGAAAAAAGAUAUCGAAAGAGUCGAAAUAAAGGGUGAUGCUCAGAGUUUGAAAUAACGAGUGGGAAAGUGUAUUAAUUGUUAUAUAAAUCCAUCAGGGAGACGAGUAAAUUAGAUUGAUGGCAGCUGAUUAUCUAAAUUGAAAUGAAUCUAUGCGAGAUUCAUCCAAACGAGACGAAGAAAAAUUGACGAUUCACUUUGGUGCCAAAAUAAAUUUUAAAUCAAUCCACUCCCACUCGUUUAUUUCCAUCUCGAAAUAUUGAACUUCUUUCGUUGAUUAUGAGAAAACUGAGUUUUUAUUUGUUACAAAUUCUGUGAUUGAGUUUCAUAAGGAGAUAAGUUUAUUGAUUUUUCAUUCGAGAUGAAAAAUCAUGACAUAAUUUUUGUUUUAGCUGUUGUUUCUUUUUUUUCUCCUCUAGGGAGAUGUAUCUGCAUUGACUAUAGAUCAAUUUUUCAUGAAAAUAUUCAGAAUCUCGAAUGUAAAUCGGACUUACAACUCGAUUAUGCGGAUUCUGCUGGAGAUUUUUGAGGUGCUAUAGUGAAUGAAUUUUCCAAGGAAUGGAAAAUAAAAACUUUAUAGAAUUUUUUCUGUAUCGAAUCCUUUGAGAUCUCGUCUGUCCCUUUCCUCAUCCCAUAAUUCGUCGCCAAAAAAUUGCUGAAAUGCCUGCCCACAAAUUUCAACUUAUCUCCUUACUCGACUUGACUCGAGAAAUUGAUUUCUUAUAGUUUUCUCAAUGAAUCAUUAGCUAGGAAGAUUCAAAUGUUAAUUUAGCUUUCGAAAAUCAUAUUUUUCAGGGAAAUCAAAUGUUCCAAAAUAGAACGAAAACUGGUAAAGUACAAAUGUGUCUGGAAAUUUUGGAAAAUUUGAUUUUUUUUUCUACAUUCAUUUCUUAAAAUGAAUCUUAGGAACUAUUGAAACGUCUCCUCGUUAUAAAAAUACUUGGACAAAGUUUUUUCAUAACAAGGGGGGAGGAAUAAUGAUAUUAUUAAGUAAUUGAAUCGAGCUAAUCGAAUCUACCAAUUAAAAGAAUGAAUACAGAAUGACGGAGAUGUGAAGAUAAUGAACUAAUAUUUUAUAUUUCUUUAGCGACAAUUCUGUUAAAUCAUUAAUUCCUUUUUUGUUGAAGACACCUGUAUGUCCUCAAACGUGACGAAAAAUCAUAUUUCAAUUGUACGAAGGCAGCACGAGGCAUAGCAAGCGAUUUAUGGACACGUAAGAGUUUAAAAAUGUCAGGAGUUUAAAAUGAGAGUCACAAGCAUCAAAUUUCAAUUUCACCCCUCAUUCGCAUCUCUUGGCAUUCAGCUCUGAAGAAAAACUAAUACAUCCUAAAUAGUCUUGCUAUAAUAAUAGUAAACCUGAAAAUCUAGUCGAGUUAGAGCUCAAUAAGUUGAAUUUUUCACUUGCGAAUGUAUUGAUGCAGGAUUCACGCAUAUUUGAUCCAUCCAUUCCAGUCCUUAACGUUAAACUGAAUUAUAAAUACUUCGAAAAACAUCAGCAUUGAGAAAAAUAAUUCUGUCAUAAAAAGUCACGUUUGAGAAUUGAGGUUUUUUAAUUGUUUCCUGUCAACCUCUCGAAGAAGAAAUAUUGGAAAAAAUCCGAUCCCAUGAUUGUUUCAAUAUUUAUUUUUAAAUUAUUAUUAUUUAACAAUUUUUAUGAUCUAGAUUUGUACGUUGUUUCUAAGUAAUAUAUUUUUCCUAAUUCCCCCGUUUUAAUAUUGUUUUUUUUUUCUAUUUUGAAAUUGAAGAAAAUAAAAAUUGUGACAGAUUGAAAGCGA